UUUUUUUCACAUCAUUAAUUAUCGAAAAAAGGGUGGUAAGGGAUAAUACGUGCCGUGAUAAUGAUGUCAACUAUAACUGAUCCAUCUGGAUUAGCUUGAGACGACAAGUUGUUGAUGAAAACUUACAUGCACACAUAAGCGACAGAGUAAACUAUAAAUAAUCAGUCAGUUGUGGUUCUUUAGAAAGUUGCAGAAAUGUGUCGCAAGUGCUUUGAAAAGAAAUGGCCUUCAUCGCUCUCCUACUAUGAUGACGAGUUGGGAGAGGAGACGUUAAAAGAAGACGAAGGAAUCAAAAAUAUCGUUGGAGGUCUUCACCAAUUAUCACUCCCGUGUUGUGAUGGCAAAUCGAAAAUAAGAUCAUCAAAACAAGAAGCCGAACAUGUUAUAGACGGUUGUAUGACAGGCUUGGCUGUUGUAGGGGGUGUAGUUUUGGGAGCGGCUGCACUGUUCGGUCUCGGACUUGCUGUUGGUCUCGGUUCGAAAAAUUCGAGAAGUCGCAGAUAUUGACUUGAAAUUUUAUUAGAUGUCAUGAAAUAAACAAA